UUGGACUUUGAAACUUCAAACAAAACCCGAAUAGCAAGAAAGGUAUAGAUUGAGCAUAUCGAGACGAUCAUCAAAUCAAACACACGGAAUCGUACAGCGAAAAAGGAAAAAAUUGACGUUGAUGGAGGCGAAAUGAUCGUUGGUGUUGAUAAGGAUUUUGGUGAUUCUUGGUAUAUGAUUGAAUAAUGUCAUCCCAGAGAGUUUCGAGCGAGUGAGAGAGAGAGAGAGUCUGAUUCUGAGGAGCUUAGGGUUUCUGGACCAAUUUGUAGAGAGAGAUAGAGUAGAGAGGGAAACGAUAUGAUGAAUAUGACGGAGGUGAUCCUCCACAUAUAUGACGUGACGAAUAGUGGUUCAGAUAAGACGAACAACACCAUUGUUCAGAUCAACAAGAUCUUUAAAGACGGUAUCGGUCUUGGUGGCAUCUUCCACAGCGCCGUUCAGGUUUAUGGAGACGAGGAGUGGUCAUUUGGGUUCUGUGAGCAAGGUACUGGAGUAUUUAGCUGCCCUUGUGGAAAAAAUCCGAUGUAUACAUAUCGUGAAUCAAUUGUCCUUGGAGAAACAAGCUUUUCUAUAUUCAAGGUCAAUCAGAUUCUCAGAGAACUUAGUAGAGAGUGGCCUGGAAACUCAUAUGACUUGUUGUCAAAAAACUGCAAUCACUUCUGUGAUGAGCUCUGUGAAAGGCUCGGUGUGUCUAAACUUCCUGGUUGGGUUAACCGGUUCGCUCAAGCUGGUGAUACUGCUGUCGAGAUAGCAGGAAGCACAGCAUAUCGGCUAAGACAAGCUAAAACAGAGAUUGUAUCCGCCAGCAAAGUUGCAUAUCAGUUUCUUGUGGGUGUCUCUUCCAAUUCAGCUGUUACUUCUGAGUCCCAAGACGAUUCAAACAGAGAAGCUCCUAGAUUCCAAGGUACUUGGUUUAGAAACCUUGUUUCUGCGGGUGCCAAACCCUCUAGUAGUUCGGAGCUGGAAAAUCAGGAGGAUCGGCUUCUGCAGCAACAACAGCAAGAUGCAGAAGCACCCCUGCGGCAGAACUCACAGCAUGGUACAUGAGGAGCUAUUAUCAACAAGCAUGACUGCUACAUGUACCGAGUCAAAACUACUCAAAAGUCAUUGGCAUGUUGUUCAUUAUGAAUUAGUGUAAACAUGUUCUCAGAUUUUGUUUAGCUGUGAAAUUUGCCCAUUUCUGCCGAAAAAAGAGAGACCAUUUCUAUUGUUUUUUUUUUUCCUCUCCCAUAUUCUUGACUCUUACACAUGAUCAAGGUUCAAGGAGUGAAAGUUCUUAUUGAACUUCGGACAUGCUUUGUUGUUUUUCCUCUAAAUUUUUAAUUUUUGGAAAAUGGUGGAUAAUGGGGGUGAAUUUGGAAACUGUAUGUUGGGUAGAA